AUUCAACAUUCCUCCGGAUAACUCUUUGGUUUUUGUAGAUGUUAAAGCGUAAAAUUGAAUGGUUUAACGCUUUUAAUUCGUAAAUAAUUAUGUUAAUCUAAAGAGGAGUGGAGAACCAUAAACUAGAACAAUUUUUUCAACACUUAUAUAUUUACAUAAUCAACUUAAUAGGUAAGAAUUAUACAUUUUAUAUAUCUAUAUAUCUUUUUAAAAUAUUCAACAAGAAUACAAUCUUUUGAAAUUUCUCAAGAGGUAUAAAGGAGUUGGUGUUCCAUAUAAAUCUCAAUGUUAACAAGCAUUCGUUAUUCAAGUUAGCUGAAUUUGACCAUGCAAUUUAAGGUAAAUAUUUAGAAUUAUUAUAAAAUAAAGAACUUUUUUUUUUAAUAUUGUUAAUAUGACUAUAUCUUCUUCAUAUUUCCCGCCCUCUUACCCCUCCUCUUCCUCUUCUUCCUCUCCCGUCUUCUCUCAUUUAUUGACGAAAUACUAAAAUAUUUACACAAAAAACAACAGUUGAAAAUGUAUAAAGACUUCUUAACUUCCUAUUGGAUAUAUAUCUUACUAUUUCAAUUCUGCAUAAAAUAUUCAAAAGCUGAAGAUAGAAGACUUUGUCAAUUAGAAAAUCAAAUUAAACCAAUAGAAUUGCACUUAAAAGAGAAUAUAGCUAAAGGAGCUAAAGUUAUUAAAUUGAAUAUAAUUGGUGAACAUGGUUCGGAUAUUACGACUUCUAUGGAUUAUAACGACCACUUAAGUUACAAUCAAACUUCAAAAGUUAUUACGACAAAGAAAGAUUUAGAUGCUGAGAAGUUAAAAACUAUAGCGGUAACAGUUAUCUGUAAAACUUUAUCUGUUGGAAAUGUUAUGAACACAAUUCUGGUUCUUAUUACAAUUGACGAUGAAAACGAUAAUCCACCUAAUAUUAUUCUACCACCUCAGCCGGUGGUCGUCGAUGAGAUUUUGCCAUUGAAUUCGACUGUCGCUCAAAUACGAGUCGAAGACGUUGAUUCAGUAUCACCAAAAAUACGCUUAUCAAUUUUACCGUCCAAGUAUUCAGAUUAUUUCGAAAUUCCUACAAGCUACAUCACAACGAAUAGUAGGACAAUUUUAGCUCUGAAAAAGCCUCUAGACUACGAGAAAACUUCACGGAUGAUUAUUACAAUUGUAGCGGAAGAUAAUGGAAAACCUUCGAGAAACUCUUCAAGAGAUAUAGAACUACAUAUUCGUGAUAACGACGAUCAGAGCCCAAUAUUUUCUAAACAAAUGUACAAAAUUCGUUUACCAGAUCAAUUCUCAAUUGGUUUUAAAGUACAACCAGAAGAAGGAAAAAUUUUUGCUUACGAUCCGGAUAAAAGCUUCAAUGCAACAAUCAUAUACGAACUUGUACCGGAUCCUCUCUUCUCGGAAACAAUAGAUCUUUUCCAGAUAGAUUCUAAAACAGGAUCAAUAAAACUACUAAAGAAUUCUCAAAUGAUUUUACAACAGAUUAAUUUCUGCAUGGGUAUUAAGGCUAUUCAAGCCGAUAAUAGCCAUAGAUAUUCAACAUCAUUACUAAGGAUUGGAACGUAUAAUCUGGAUAAUAAAAAUCCAAUUUUCCCUCAAAGUAAUUACACUAAGGAAGUAUAUGAAAAUUUUGAAAUUGGACAAUCAAUAAUCAAAAUAUCGGCUUAUCAUUAUCAACAACGUUUAAUCAAGUAUAGAUUUACUACUAACAACGAACUUUUCUCCAUAAAUGAACAAACCGGUGUUGUUAGUACCAAAUCAGCUUUGGACUAUGAAAAGGAUAUUUUUCAUUCGUUUAUAGUGGAAGCCUAUAUAAAUUCUUACGUAUCAACAACAACAGUUUCAAUUAAAGUUUUGAAUAUAAACGAAUUCGCGCCAAAUUUUAAUAAUGGCGUCUUUUCAGUCAUUUCUGAAAAGACUUAUGAGCAAAUGAUAAUUGCAUUAGAGGCCAAUGACGGAGACGGAGAUUCCCUCUCGUUCAGUCUUCUUUAUUACGACAAUCUGUUUUCGAUUAAAAGACUUUUAAACAAUAAAAUUGAAUUGUUUAUAAAAGUGAAACCUGAAGAAUUAGGAGAAAAUCAAUACGUUCUACCAAUUACCGUCACUGAUGACGGUUCUCCUAAUAGAAGUAAUACAACUAUAGUAUACGUAGACUUUAAGAAAAGCGUUCAACUUCCGAUUACAAGAGCUGAGAGCAAUGUCAAAACUGCAAUUAUUAUAUUAUUAUCCUGUUUAUCCGGAGUAUUAGUACUAGUUAUUGCUGUCCUCAUUUUAUCCAUGUGUAGAAGGAAAGAUGGCUUGGAGAGCAUAAAAAACAAAAUAGACGCUUAUCAUGGCGUCACUUUCGACGAUAUCUCAGCAACGCAGCCUGCAGAAUCACCUUUUAAAAUUGAUAAUAAUGUAAAUGAGUUAAAUCAAGUUUCUCAGAUAUCUCACGUAGUCCUUCAUUACGACGAUCAGCGCCAUCUAACUUCAAGUACAGAUUCGUUACCAAAUACUGAGAUGUACAGUAGACGUAGCAUUGUUAAUUCAAAAUCGGAUGAUACCGAUUCGAUAUUCGAUUCUGUUGACGUGUUGUUUGCUCGAUUUUUUCCUUUCAGUCGAGGAGGCAAUGGCGGUGGCCUUUGUCGUGUUGAAUUCUUUGGAAGAGGAUGA